AUGGCAGCUGAGAUAUGCUCAGAGAUUUCAAGUCCAAGAAUUUCGUUCUCGUAUGAUCUCAAUGAGACAGAGGAGUCUCUCCCUGCUGAAUGCUGCCACCGCAGAUCAGAUGCACUGCUGCUAGACUUCAGCACUGACUUUGAUUUCUGCAUUAGUGUUAAUAACUUCCACCAAGAUAAUUUAUCAGCUGAUGAGCUUUUUUCAGAUGGAAAAAUUCUUCCUACUCAGAUCAAGAAAGUGAAGAGCAUUACUCUAGAUUCGGAUACUCAUCGAUCAAAGCCUUGUACAACUAGCCGCGUGGGACUGAGAAGCGGGAAUGUGAAUGAUGAGACCAAGAAGAAAAGGCUAAAGGAGUUUUUAUUCGAAAGUAUUGAGGAAGAUAAGCCUGCAUCCAAAUCUUUUUGGCAUUUUAAGCGAAGCACUAGUCUAAAUUGUGAAAAUAACCGGAGAAAUAAAGGACUGAUUGGUUCUUUACAGGUUCUUGGUCGGAGCAAUUCAACUGGUUCUGCUCCGAAUUAUUGCGAGAAAGAAUCACAUGUCUCUAGGCACCUGUCACGUGUCAUAUCUUCUCUAAAUAAUAUGCCAAUUUAG